AUGUAUGACAUAAAUAGUGCGAAUUGUUCAGAAAUAAAAAGUGCGGAACUUGGUGUGUUGAGCAGCCAAGAACUAAAAAGAAUUUCCCUUGGUAAAUAUGAAAAUCAGUUACAAGAAUUUGAAAAAGUUUCAAAAGAUGGAACAUCAAAUAGAAUUACAUAUGAUCCAAGAUUUGGAACUAUAGAUUAUACACAAAUAUGCUCUGUUUGUUUUGAAAAACAUGAUAGUUGUUUAGGUCAUAUUGGGCACAUAGAAUUUGUGUUGCCAGUAUUUAACCCACUAUUUUAUAAAGAUUUACAAGAAUUACUAAAUUUAGUUUGUUAUAAUUGCUAUGCAUUAUGCUAUUCAGAAGAUGUUAUAUUUUUAUUAAAACAUAUUUAUCAACUAAAAUCGUUAAAUGAAAUUGAAAGCUCAAACAAAUUUAUAAUAAAAAAAAAUAAUGAAAAUGAAUAUAUAGUUAGUGAAAUUGAAAGAUUAUAUAAUAAAAUAUGUAAAGAAUCAAAUAUUACUAUGGAAGAUAUAGUUGAAUCUAUUUGUCAGGAUUAUGAAAACAGUUUUGGUAAUAAUGAAAAAGAUAAUAACGAAAAUGAUUCCUUUGAAGAUAGACAAACAUAUGAGUUAUGGAAAAAAAUAAAUGAUGAUAUAUAUAAUGAUGAUCAAACAAAUGAGGCUGAUUUUAGUAAAGAAUCUGAUAAUAAAAAAAAACAUAAUUAUUCCAAAGAUAAAAAAACAAAUCAAGAAAUAGAAAAUAAAGAGACAAAAGAAAAAAUAAAAUUUUUAAAGGAAAAAAUAAAAAAAUAUAAAUUUGAUAUAAGCAAAUUAGCUUUUCAAUCAAAUUAUAACUAUGAAGAAUAUGUAAUUUUAAAUAAAGCUAUAAAACUUCAUAUGAAAAAAGGAGCUAAUUGCUCAAAUUGUAAAUUUCGUAGAAGUAUAGUAGCAAAAACAUCUCCAAAAAAAGAUACUAUUAAUUUUGUUGGAAUAUAUACAAAUAACUCGUUUUUUAAAAAAUAUAUUUCUAAAAAAAGUAAAAAUGAAGGAUUUGAAGAAAAUGGAAAUAAUUCCAAUGACGAUAAUGAUGAUGAUGCAGAAGUAGGAAAAGCAAAUAAACGAGGUAAAGAAAUAAAAUCUGAGAAAAUAAAAAAUUUAAAUAAUUCAGAAAAUGGAAUUGAUAAAUUUCAAUACGAAGGUUCUAAUAAUAAAGAUGGAGAUGAAGAGGAUGAAUCAUUCAAAGAUGCUGUAGCUUCAUAUAAACGAAAAACAUCUAGGGAAAAAUGUACAGUUCGUUUAUUUAGUUUUCAAAUUAUCGAUUUAUUAAAAAAGAUUUUUGUAGAAAAUAAUAAAGAAAUAAUUAAUUUGGUAUACCCAUUUACAAAAAAAGAUGGAUAUCAAGUAUUUUUUUUAUAUUAUAUGGGAAUAAGCUCAAAUCGUUUUCGAACCCAAUCUAGAGGAAUACAUAAAAGAACAAGAAUUACAAAUUAUAUAUGCAAACUUAAUAAUUAUGUAAAAUUAUGUAUAAAUAGCAAAAAAAAUGUAGAUUUCGAUCAUAUGAUAGAAUACAAUAAAAAUGAAUUAGAUCUAUAUAAUGAAAUGUUUUUAUUAUUUUCUUUAAGACUACGACAAAGAGUAAUUUCUAAUUCUAUGGAGUUUAACAUCGAAAUUGCAAAAUCUGAUUUUUUAAGAUGUUAUUCAUUAAUUUAUAAUAAUAAAAUUGCUUAUUUGAAUAUUUUAUUUGGUAAUUUACAACUUUCAGUAAAUACAUUUCUUGAUAGCAGCUUGAUUGAUAAACGACUUCAAAAAAAUAUGGAUAAUAUAAGUAUUAGGGAAAUAUUAGAUAAAAAAGAAGGAAUAUUAAGAAAAAACAUAAUGGGUAAACGCGUAAAUAAUUGUGCUCGUACGGUUAUAUCUCCUGAUACAUUUAUUGAAACAAAUCAAAUUGGUGUUCCAAUUGAAUUUGCUAAAACAUUAACUAUUGAUGAACAUAUAACUGAAAAUAAUUUCGAGUACGUAAAAAAAUUAAUUGAAAAUGGGCCAGAUGUAUAUCCAGGUGCUUUAAGUUAUAAAGAUGGUCAAGGAAGAGUAUUUAAAUUAUCACAUUCUUAUGAAAAUAGAAUGAAUUUAAUAAGCAGAUUAACACAUAUAUUACAGAAAGGAAAACAUGAAACGUUAGUUUUACAUAGGCAUGCUAGAGAUGGAGAUAUAGUCAUAAUGAACAGACAGCCAACUUUACAUAAAUUUUCUAUUAUGGCUCAUUUUUUAAAAAUUUUUGAAAAGGAAAAAGUUUUUAGAUUAAAUUAUGUUAAUUGUAGUAGUUAUAAUGCUGAUUUUGAUGGAGAUGAAAUGAAUCUACAUUUAUUACAAACACCUUUAGCACGUGCAGAAGCAACACAUCUAAUGAAUUCCGAUUUUUUAUUUACAAGCUUUAAAGAUGGAUCUCCUUUACGUGGAUUAGCUCAAGAUUUUAUUCUUGGUGGAUUACAUCUUACUUCUUUAGAAACAUUUUUAAAUUAUGAUGAAUAUUGCAACUUAUUACAAUGUUCUCUUAAUGGAUUACUUCGUCAAAAAAAUGCAUUUUUUUUCAGCAAAACAAAACAUAGAAACACUUCUAACAGUUCAAAUACAAAAGAUGGAAAUAAAAAUUCAGGAGGUAAUGAUAAAAGUGGUUCUAAUUCAUUUCGUGGGAUCAAUGCAAAAAUAUCUAAUUAUAGCUAUAUAGAUCCCUAUGCAACUAAUUUAAACAAAACAAAUUUUACUAUAAAAACAGAAGAGCCAACUAUUUUAUUUCCUAAAAAAUUAUGGACAGGAAAGCAAUUAAUAUCGAGUAUUUUAAAAACUAUUAUAAAUGAACUAGCCAUUGAAACAUAUAAUAAAAAUGGAGAUAAUAGUUUUAUGGAAAAUUUUAAAGGAAUAAAUUAUGUAGCAAAAGCUAAAACAGAUCCUGAAUUAUGGUCAUUUGAUCCAAAAAAAGAAUGUGAAAUUAUUAUUAAAAAUUCAGAAUUAUUACAAGGUGUAUUAGAUAAAUUACAUUUUGGAGCUAGCUCAAAUAGUUUUGUACAUCUAUGUUAUGAAUUAUUUGGACCAAAAUCUGCUGCUGUUAUGCUUGAUUGUUUUGGUCGUUUAUUCAUUAGUUUUUUACAAUUAAGAGGAACAAGUUUAAGUUUAUAUGAUUUUAUUUUAAAAAAAAAAGCAAAAGUGGAAAAAAAAAAAAUUAAAAAAAGAAUAUCAUUUACAGGGUUUUAUUUACAAAACCUUUUUGUAUAUACAAUUGGAAAAGCUUUAAAUGCAGACAUGAAUAAAAUGGAUGAAUAUAGUAAUAAAAAAAUAAGUAACUAUGAAGAAGGUCAAAAUUUAUUUUCUAAUAAAUUAUAUGAUAUUUAUUUGAACAAAUCACAAAUAAUAAAUAAAUAUGAGAGAAAAUUAGAAAAAAAAAUGAAUAUUGAGGAUAAACAUAUGAAUACAAAUAUAUGUUUAACUAAAAAAAAUAUUCCAAACAAAUUUAAUCUUUUUAAUGAUAAAGAAUUAAAUUUGAAAAAAGAUUUAUAUUUUAUUACAUUUCUAAACAAAGAAAUUGAGGAAAUAUUUACUCAAAACAAUAUGCUUAGUGGGAAUGUAAAAAAUGAAGAAUCGGAAGAGACACAGAAAUGUAAAUAUUCAGAUUCUCCACAUUUGAAUUAUAUAAUUAAAAAAGAAAAUUAUGAAAUUUUUGAGAAAUGUCUAGUUGGUAAAAAUAAGCUUAAUUCGUUAGAAAAGCAGGGAAAGGAUGGAACUAUUUGCGAAGGUGGAACUAUUUGGGAAGAUGAAAGUAGGUAUUACGAAUUUGUUAAUAGCAUAAUAAAUAAAUUAUACAAUUCAAUAAAUAACCCCAUCUUUUAUAAAACAAGCACAUUUACAAGUACACAAGUAGUAAAGGUUAUUGAAAAAAUUGUAAAUUUUUUAAAAGAAGCAAAAUGUAACAAAAAAUUAAAAGUAUUUAUUUUAUUUGAAUUAUUUCAAAAUGAAAAUAUAGUCAAAUAUUUUCCUUCUUUAAUUGAUUUUGCGAGUGGUUUGAAUACAAAUAUAAGUAGUGAAGAAAUUGUCGAAACAGUAAUAAAUAACAUAUUGUUAAAAAAAGAUCUUAAACUUGAAACAGAAUAUGUAUCAUCUCUUAAUACAGAAAAGAUCAAAUUUAAUGAUAAUAAAUUGGAAAAAACAAAUGAUGUUAUAUUAAAAAAAUAUUUACAUUUAUAUAGUCGUUUAAUUAAAAUAGAAAGAGAAAAAAAAGGUAAAAUAAAUAAUAAUUCUCCUUCCAAAUUAAAACAUGAUGAAGAUGAAAUAAAUGAAACCAAAUUUGAAAAUUCCCAAAAUAUAGGUAUAGAUAAUGUAGAUAUUAUAAAAAAUUGCUUAAUCUCAAGUUUGCCUUCAUUUGCUCUUAACGAAGAUAUAACAAAUCUUUCAUAUAAUAAUAGAUAUCAAUAUUAUGAAAAAUAUUUAAAUAUAAAAGAUGAAAAAUAUUCACAUUUCAAAUUUUACAGAAUGAAAGAUGUAUUUCACAAAUUAGAUUUUUUAAUAAAUAAUUUUUUUUCAUUAAAAAGAAUAAAUUUUGAUGGUUUAUUAGAUUCGUUAUUUCAACCAUAUUUAUGUAGAGUAUCAUCUGGAACAAAUAAUUUAAUAACAAUGGAAAAUUUAAUGAAUAAAUUUUUAACCAAUGGUUUUAGUAAUAUGAUUUUCACAGGUGCUAAAGGUAGUAAGGUUAAUUAUUCUAUGAUAUGUGGUAUGUUAGAUCAACAAUAUUUAGAAGGAAAAAGAGUUCCUAGAAUGAGAUCAGGAAAAACAUUACCAAGUUUUCAUAGAUAUGAUUAUGGGGCUAGAUCAUGUGGAUUAAUUACAGAUUGCUUUUUAGAAGGGUUAAGGCCACAAGAAUAUUUUUUUCAUUGUAUGUCUGGUAGAGAAGGGUUAAUAGAUACAGCAGUUAAAACGGCUAAAUCUGGAUAUAUACAAAGAUGUUUAAUUAAAUCUAUGGAAUCAGUAAUAUUACAUUAUGAUGGUACAGUUCGAAAUGAGGAUAACUCAAUUAUACAAUUUCUUUAUGGUGAAGAUGGUAUUGACCCAUCAAAAACAGCUUAUUUAAACCUUCCUUCCGAUUUAAUAAACAAUUAUAAUAUAUCAUUUAGUAAAUAUUUGAAUUACGGGUCAGACCAGCUCAUUUUAAGCAACCAGAGGCUGUUUGCAAAAAAUGACGGAAAAAAAAAAAACGAAGAUGGAAAAAAAAACGAAAAAAAUGGUGAAAAUGGCAAAAAUGGCAAAAAUGAUGAUGAUGAUGGUGAUGGUGAUGGCGGUGAAGAUGACCCCCUGAUCUUCCAAUAUAAUCCGUAUACUUAUAUAGGAUCUAUUUCAGAUAACUAUAAUGCAAAAUUAAAUAACAUUCUUAUAAACAAAAAAUUCAAUAUAACAAAUUACAAUGAAAAUUUUGAUUCGUUAUCUGCAUCAUUAUUAAGAUCAAAAUAUUUCCAUUCAUUAUGUUCCCCUGGAGAAUCAAUUGGAAUAUUAGUUGCACAAUCUUUUGGUGAGCCAGCUACGCAAAUGACACUAAACACUUUUCACUUGGCUGGUACUGAAAAUGUUACUAUGGGUAUCCCAAGAUUAAAAGAAAUAUUUUUAACCUCAAAAUUGACAUCAAAACCAAUGAUUUAUGUUCCUAUAAAAUUAGAUGAAAAAAAUAAUAAUAAUCCAAAUCAAAUAAAAAAUUAUAUAACUAAUAUUGCAGACAAAAUUUUAAGUAGUUAUCAAAGUAUAUUACUAUCCGAAGUUAUAUAUGGUAUUGGAAUAAAUCGAAAAUUAAUAAUUCGUGAUAAAAUAGAAAAUAAAGAAAUUCAUACAAUUAAACUAGAUAAUAAUUUAUUAUCAAAAAAUAAUAAAGAAAAUGAAUCUAAUUGGGAUAAAAGUGAUAUAUGUAAAACUGCAAAUUAUUCAAAAAUUUUACAAGUUAUAGAAAAUACAAACUUAAAUUUUGAUUUAAAAAAAGAAUGGGUUCAUGAAAUUGUUAUUCAAUUUGAUAAUUUAAAUCAUUUCUGUAAAGUUAACAAACAUUUAUCUAUUCCUUUUAUAUUAUAUAAAAUGGUAAAUAUUGUUCUUAUGUCAAUAUUAAAUAAAAUACAAAAUAGUAUAUCUCAUCAUAAUAUAAAAAAUAUUCAUUUUAUAAAUCAUGAGCAUUAUGAUGAAUUAUUCGAUUUUAUUAGUGAAAAAAUGUCUGAAGAGUUUAAUUUUGCUUAUGAAAAAUAUGAAUAUAAAGAUGAUGAAGAUGAAAUUAAUGCAAAACUAAAGUAUAUGCCAAAUAAAUCGGAAGGAAAUAAAUUAGGAGAUGAUGAUGAUCAUUAUAACACUUCUUUAAAAACACCCAAAAAAUUUAGUGAAGACAAUGAUGAUAAUUUUUCAAUGGAUGGUAAAAAUGAAGGAAGUGAUAAUGAUAAAAAUGAUAAAUCAGAUGGAAAUAAUGAUAGUGAUCAAAAUGAUGGAAGAGAAAGCGAUGAAUAUAAAUCUGAACAAGAAGACAAAGAGUAUGACGAAAGUGAAGAAGAUGCAGAAAAUGAUACUGAUAGUAUGUUAUCUCAAAAUGCAGCAGAUACUGAUGAUGAUAUUAAACAUGAAAAUGUGAAUAGUAGCGAAUCGGAUGAUGGUGAUGAAAAAAAAAAAGAAAAAAAAUCUGAAAAAAAAGAAAAAAAAAAAUCGAAAUUACUAAAUGAAACUGACUCCGAAAGUAACUACUCUUCAGAUGAAUCCAUAACAGAUUCUUCAAUAAUUAAUGAAGAUCCUAAAGAAUCAAAUAAAUCCAAAAAAGAGGACAAAUUGAACACAUCAAGUAAAAAGAGAAAACUAACAGAUGUAAAUGAUAAUAUAAAAAAUGAACAAAAUAAAAAUAAGUCCAAAGAAAUAAAUUCAGAUUCUUCAAUAAGUAGCGAAAGUGAAACAGAAUUAAAACAAAAAAUGAGUAAAAAAUUUUCAGAAUAUUUAUAUGAUUAUAAAAAUCGAAUGAAUAAACAUAAUUUGGAUGUUAGUGAUUAUGAAGAUCCUUCUAUAGGAAUAUCAGGAAGCAAAAAUAAAUUAAAUGAUCAAAAAUAUAUAAAAAAUUUAAUUGAUAAGAUUAAAAGUAGUUUACUUUGUUUUAUAAAAAAAAUUGAUUUUUCUCCAAUUACAUGGGUUUUAAAAUUUGAACUAUCUUGGGAUGUAAAUUUUUUCCCUUAUCCUAUAGACUUUUUAAGUUAUUUACAAAAUGAAAUAUCUAAAGAAAUUUUAUUUAAAGUUAAAGAUCUAAAUAAUCCAAAAAUUUUGAAAGGAAAAGAUAUAACACAUAGUGGAGAAGAAUAUGAGUUACAAAUAGAAGGAAGAAAUGUAUACAAGCUUUUUAAUAUUAAAGAUAAAUAUAUUGAUAAGACUAAAUUAUAUUGUAAUGACAUUUAUACAAUUGUUAAAACGUAUGGUAUAGAGGCAGGAAGAUUAUGUAUUACAAAGGAAUUAAAGAAAGUUUUCGAGGCAUAUGGAAUUAAAAUCGAUUUCCGUCAUUUAUCUUUUAUCAGUGAUUUCAUGACACACACAGGGGACUUGAAAUCCUUUAAUCGAUACGGAAUGGCCGCAUGCCGUAACGUUUUCCACAAAAUGAGUUUCGAAUGUGCAACGACUUUUAUGAUACAAGGGUGUAUACAAAAUUCAGUUGAUUAUUUAUCAACCCCAUCAAGUAGCUUAUUUUUCGGAAAGCACAUAAAAGUUGGAACAAAUGUGUCUAACAUUGUAACAUCUAUUAAAGCAGGGAAAUGA